GCGACCGGGUCAGAACAGGGGAAAGAGCUCUCAGCGACCGGGUCAGAACAGGGGAAAGAGCUCUCAGCGACCGGGUCAGAACAGGGGAAAGAGCUCUCAGCGACCGGGUCAGAACAGGGGAAAGAGCUCUCAGCUACCGGGUCAGAACACGGGAAAGAGUUCUCAGCGACCGGGUCAGAACAGGGGAAAGAGCUCUCAGCGACCGGGUCAGAACAGGGGAAAGAGCUCUCAGCGACCGGGUCAGAACAGGGGAAAGAGCUCUCAGCGACCGGGUCAGAACAGGGGAAAGAGCUCUCAGCGACCGGGUCAGAACAGGGGAAAGAGAUGGAUGGUGAAGACCAGAAAGGAGAUAUUUCAUACGUUGAUGAUGAGCCUGAUUUCCCAGAGGACCUUGAGAAUCUUAUUACGUUGGAUGAGCUGGAGGAGGAUUCCUCGGUUGAUAACCAAGAUAACCAGUCAACAGAUGAGAUCAAGAGCAGAUCCAAGAGCAAACCCUCAGGACGUGAUCAGACACCUGGUAGAGUGAUCUACGUCAAAAACCUUCCCAGAGGCUUCUAUACAGAUAGUGACUUCCUGAAGAUUGUUAAAGGCUUCGGGAGAGUGCAUCGCUAUUUCCUCCUUCGUAAUGGUGAAGAGGGCUUCAUUGAGAUGGAGAGGUCUUCUGAUGUGACAAAGGUUUUAAGAUCGCUGCGUUAUGAUGGCUGUAAAUUAUACGGCCAGAGGUUGAUCGUCCUGCGGUCUCAGAAAUACAAGAGACUAACAACAGGGUGGAAACCUGAAUCUGAUUCUAAAAGUGAUCGGAAGAAGGAUCACAUGAGUACUAGAAGCAGUAGCAGGAUAAGGAGUGGACGGACCAGCAGUCACUCAAAGUCAGCGGCUAAGGACGAGGAGACAAAAGAGAAGGACGAGGAGACAAAAGAGAAGACGGCACGACAAGUAUGCUCCGAGCCAGCCCAACACUGUGACAAGGAGGACAGAGAAGCGUCUGAAGGGGAUAUUGACCAAUCCUCCAACGGUGAAGACCAAAAGGAUGCCCCUGUCCCUGCUGCUGAGGAAGAGAAGGCCUGUAGCAACGAGGAUAAUGCAGAAACCAAGAUGGAGGAUAAUGUGGAAACGAGACCAGAUUCCAUAAAGACUGGUAUGGAGUCAUCGUUCCAGGCCAACAACCCAGUGGGAAGAGAAUUCAUUAAACCUGUCAUUGGCUACUUCUGCAACCUGUGUCAAGUCAUCUAUGUCAAUGAGGACGAAGCUAGGAACCAACACUGCAGCAGCCUCUGUCACUAUCUGAAGUUUAUGGAACAUUCAGGUGAAGACACAGCCUCUAGCUAAACGAUGUCCAUCUCUGGAGGAAGUUGACAAGAUGACAGUUUUAGGCCCAAUUUAACAGGAAGUGUUCCGGAGGAGGGGGGAGAAUCUGGAUUUUUCUUUAUAUUGCACUCAAGAAGAACGGCACAGGUUUACCUCAUCCAUGAGAGGCUCUUUGUGAAACUCAUCCUAGAACAAUAAAUGAGAUUGCAGAUUACGUUAAUCUGAACAAAUGUUCAGCACCUACCUAUAUAUAUAUAUAUAUAUAUAUAUAUAUAUAUUGUUAUGUUUGUGUUAAAAUAGCUCAGAUCUACUUUCUGUAAUGUGAAUUGUUUGUUCGGUUUUCCUAUGUAAUUUGUUUUCAAGAUUUGUGUUAAAUUGAACUUCAUUCUCUAAAAGAUUGUUAAUAAACAUGCUUAAUUAUUG